UAUUUCAAGGCCUACCUUCAAACCUAGUGCCUCUUUACUUGACAUCAUGGGGAGAAAAAAAAUCAGCCAAGACCUCAGAAAAACAAUUGUAAACCUCCACAAUGAGCAAUUUCCAAAUGCCUGAAGGUACCACGUUCAUCUGUACAAACAACGGAACACAAGUAUAAACACCAUGGGACCACUCAGCCGUCAUACUGCUCAGGAAGGAGAUGCGUUCUGUCUCCUAGAGAUGAACGUACUUUGGUGCGAAAAGCACAAAUAAAUCGCAGAACAACAGCAAAGGGCCUUGUGAAGAUGUUGGCGGAAACGGGUACAAAAGUGUCUAUAUCCACAGUAAAACGAGUCCUAUAUCGACAUAACCUGAAAGGCCGCUCAGCAAGGAAGAAGCCACUGCUCCAAAACCACCAUAAAAAAGCCAGACUACGGUUUGCAACUGCACACGGGGACAAAGAUUGUACUUUUUGGAGAAAUGUCCCAUGGUCUGAUGAAACUAAAAUAGAACUGUUUGGCUAUAAUUUGUUAUUAUAUUUGUUAUCAUUGUUAUGUUUCGAAGAAAAAGGGGGAGGCUUGCAAGCUGAAGAACACCAUCCCAACCGUGAAGCACGGGGGUGGCAGCAUUAUGUUGUGGGGGUGCUUUGUUGCAGGAGGGACUGGUGUACUUCACAAAAUAGAUGGCUUCAUGAGGAUGGAAAAUUAUGUGGAUAUAUUGAAGCAACAUCUCGAGACAUUAGUCAGGAAGUUAAAGCUUGGUCGCAAAUGGGUCUUCCAAAUGGACAAUGACCCCAAGCAUACUUCCAAAGUUGUGGCAAAAUGGCUUAAGGACAACAAAGUCGAGGUAUUUGAGUGGCCAUCAUAAAGCCCUGACCUCCAAUCCUAUCAAAGAUUUGUGGGCAGAACUGAAAAGGCGUGUGUGAGCAAGGAGGCCUACAAACCUGACCCAGUUAGACCAGCUCUGUCAGGAGGAAUGGGCCAAAAUUCACCCAACUUUUUGUGGGAAUCUUGUUGAAGGCUACCCGUAACAUUUCACCCAAGUUAAACAAUUUGAAGGCAAACAUACCGAAUACUAAUUGAGGUUAUGUGAACUUCUGAUCCACUCGGAAUGAGAUGAAAGAAAUAAAAGCUGAAAUAAAUAAUGAUCUCUACUAUUAUUCUGACAUUUCACAUUCUUAAAAUCAAGUGGUGAUCUUAUUAGGAUUAAAUGUUAGGAAUUGUGAAAACUGAGUUUAAAUGUAUUUGGCUAAGGUGUAUGUAAAUUUCCGACGACAAAUGUAUCGGCCCAUUAUCUUUUCUACAUAUUUUGUCUGAUUUUAGUCGUUUAAGUUUAUACUAAGCGUUUUUCAAUCCAGAAAAUGUAUUUUGUCUUAGGCGGUUGAAAAAAAGGAAAAAAAACUGUUUUAUGCAGAAAAAACAGAAUUCCUUUCCUAAUGGUUAGGUGUUCCAGCACUGGGGGUUAGACUCGAUUUCCCACACAGGAGUCUACAAGCCUGUUCCCUGGUUACCCAACCAUUAUACACUUUCCCUCCAGUCCAAACCACACACAAUGGAGCCAUCCUCAUUCACUGGCUUGAUGCGGUAGUCUGGUCCUGUUCAUGAUCAGGUGUGUAAUAGGAGUCUCUGCUGUCGAAGUCCACAGCUGAGCUGGCACAGGCCCACUGUACACAUUUACUUAGAACUGGGUCAGUUUGUAUGAAUCAUCUCCGCCAGCCUGCAGGUCCGCUGAGUAUAUGGUCUAAUGCCUCCAGCCGAGCCCAUUUUGUUCUGCUUUGCCCCAUGCUCACUUAUUCACACAACGAGAAGGGAUUGGCUGGCGUUUGUUUGGGUUUUUGGAGCCAGUCUUCAGCAUCAAAUCCACAGCAUCAGGCAGGGUCAGGCUGGGUGAGAGGCAAGCAGCACUUGACACUACAGCCUGAACACACCCGGCCAGGCUUACUCUCGAUCAGACCGAGAGGCAGGGAGAGCCAGGAUGCAUCACUAGAAUGAUGCUGCUUGUGCUCGAAUUAUAAAACAGACACAUUGAAGAGGAAUGAACCACCUGACACAGUUGGCUACAAUCAUGUUUAUGAGUAAGUUAUGUCAGUUUUCUGUUGUAUUGCAGGACAGAGGGCAUGGGUGUUAGCUUACAUUUUAUUAUCUAGGGUUAUUGAAUGCAGUGUGAGUGAACCAUUUUAGAGACUAAUCAGAGUGAAUCGGGUGUAAUCUCAAAUGACACCCUAGUCCCAAUUUCCCACUACAUAUAUAGGCCACCUAGAAGAGACCAGAUAAGUGGAUCCAUUUCCUCUGAUGUUACCUGGCUUUGAUCUAGAUCUGUUGAACUGGUGGAUAGUGGGGCUCUGGUGUCAGCAAGCCACUGUUGGUGAUUCUCAUUCUCCCCCUCUCCUUUUCAACACAACAAAAGACUCAUUCUGAGUCAUUUCUUCCCUGUAAUAUUCACCCUCAUGUUGAUAAAUCACAUGUCUCAUACAGCUGGCGAUUGUCAUUAGGCUAAUAUUAUUCAUCAUGAGCUCUCAUAUGGCGAAUUGGCCUUUCUGGGUUUCAUUUUAAUGUGACUCACUCAAUCCCUUGUGAUAUUUUGCUGCAGCAAUUCUGACAUUGUGCAUGGCAAUAUGUGAUGAUUCUGUCCAAUUUGGAACAAAGUGUGAAAAUGCAUCAUUAUGGAGAUAAUGUCCCUUGAAUGUAAAUUGGUUACAAAAGCAUUGCCACUUCCUCUGUUGGUUUUUGGUGUUCAGGCUAAUUCCAAUGUUGCUUCUAAUCAUGUUCAGCAUGAUUAAUAUAUGAAUGGAUUCAGAAACUCUAACAAUACAGUAGGCUCUUAAAACACUUUGUUUCUAUCUCCCUCCUGUUUGAUAGCGCUGCAGAUUUGGUUACUCAGUCAUUUGAUCAUUUUUCUUUGUCAUUUCCUCCCUUGUCCCCGAACUGUCCACACAUCCUCUCUGUGCGUCAGUGCCGCUCAAUGGAUAAUGGCGUGUUGAAAAAUACCUGAUUUAAUAAUUCACUGAUUUGAAUGACAACUGUGUUUCCGAGGGAAGUAACUUGUUACUUUUUAGGCAUUUUUCAAAAUCAUUUGGCUAAUUAAUCCAGCAUGGUAUGCCAAACUGUCAUAACCACCAACCCACUGGUUUAAUGUAAUGUAGCAUGGCUCUAUAAUCUUAUUGAAAUCAGACAUUUAAUAGGUGAGGACAUAAGUGAGUGACUUUGUAGGUUUUGUUUAUUAGGAUCCCCAUUAGCUACUGGGCAUGCAGCAGCUAUUCUUCCUGGGAUCCACAUAAAGGUGGGAAGAAGUGUUGUCAAUCGUGAGGUCUGAGAUGGUAUCUCUGUUCAACGGGAACAGAUGUAAAAGGUUUGGUCUGUCAUUCAUUCAUAUGAAACCUCUUGCAACCCUGUGUGUGUGUCACCCUUGCAGCCAGGAUGCCCUGAACUUGAGAGCGUAGUUAAUGGGCAGCCCCACUUCAUCUUCAUUAAGGGAUUUACUCUCUGCCUUAAGCAGGAUUAAUGCCAGGCUUGAGGAGCAAGGGAAGACGAGUGUUUUUAAAGAGUGAUGGAGCACACGAGGGGUGAGGAGGUGGAGGCCUGCGAACAGGGUGGUAGAGAUGACACCACUAACCUGGGGCAUGUUCCCAUACCACUCCGGGCAGUAGUUGCCCUUGGGCACAGGCCAGACCAACUAUCAGUUUACCCUUUACAAAUCAUAACCUUAACACAUGAAUGCAAAACUGAAUGACCUUAGAUUGGCAUUUAAUUAGGCAACUUUAUCAUUAUAGAUGGUAGGAAAAGACCCUGCCAUAGCGCUCCAUAGUCAGCCUUGCCUGGCUCUCUCCCCUCCCUGCUGGCUGUGUGGACUCAGCUCUGCCCGGCCCCUGACCCAGGCUGAGCUAGCACUGCCACAGAGGAAGAGGCUGUUGUUCCCCUCCUGUGUGGAAGGAUGGUGGUCCUCGUGAGCGCUUAGCUGUGAUUUAGCAGAUUAAGGGAGUCACACACUUCCCUGGAUGACUUACAUGUGUUUCAGCUGGCAGGCUGAGUGCCUAGUCAGAAUGAGAGACAGGAAGUCUGGUGGCUUGGCUAGCUGGCACUCAGCAACAUGUGGAAAAUUCAAUGGUACAACAAAAUGUGAUGUUUGUUCAUAAUCAAUACCUAAUAUGUUGUAAUGUAGGUCAUAACUUGUACUUCAGCCCUCUUAAAGGUAUUGAAUUCUUUCAUCAAGGCUAGAUUUAUAAAAUGCAUGGACAUGAAAUAAUCUGCACCUCACCCCCUUGGUUUAUAAUAUGUCAGGCCACCCAGUCGGGAGGCUAAGAGAGGGGGUCGCUAGACCAACCACCACCAGCACCAGUCUCUGAAGUAGGGAUGGACAUCUCGGUCAAUAUGUUGCCGACUAACCAACCCUCAUCAACAGGGGAUGGAGUGGGCCUUGGUAUAAGCUCUGUAGAACACAGCCAGCAUACGUACGCGAAGCUCAAAGGUCAUGUGUCAGCCUGCAACCUGAUGCCCAGCCUCCCAUCACCCUCACCGGCCAUGGACGGGGAGAACUACCUGCACCCAGAGGGGCCACAGCUGGACAGCAGCAUUUUUGAAGUUGCCUCUUCCAAUAUGGAGAGUUAUCUGUAUCCCUCUGGUUCCUGGGCAUCAUUUUCACAGCAGUCUGGAGGCUACAACGCACACUGCCCUAUGCAAUCUGGAAACCAGCAAUACCACUUGAAUGCUCCCAUGCCCGAUUUGGACAUGUUCAGCCAUUCAGGGUUCCAUGACGAUUUCCUCAACCUCCCCAGGAACGGAGACUUCCCUCAGAACCUGUCCUGCAUCGAUGACCUCUCCAACUCUCUGUUCUCCUCUCCGGCCGACUCGCUGUCAGACUACACCGAUGCCCAGGCCUUCAUCCCCACAGAUAACCUGGCCCACGUGCCCACGAUAUGGGACAUAAACACACCAGCACAGAGCCAGCUGGAGCUGAAUGCCAACAGGUUUCAGGAUUUGAACAGUUUGGAGGAUAUCGCUGCCAUUAUCAGCACCCCACCUUUGGGAGGAUACCAGCAGACUCAGAGAAACCAGACUCCGGCAGAAGAGGAGGCGGAGGAGGAGGAGGAAGAGACAGAGGAGCUGGGACAUGUAGACACCUACGCUGACUACAAACCAUCCAAAUCCACCAUAGGUAUCUCCCACCCAGACAUAGUGGUGGAGACCAACACGCUGUCCAGCGUCCCUCCACCUGACAUCACCUACACUCUGUCCAUUCCUGACUCCACCAUCAACUGUGGCCUGCUCUCUGCCCUGCAGCUGGAGGCCAUCAUAUACGCAUGCCAGCAACACGAGGUAAUUCUGCAGAACAACCAGAGAGCAGGCUUCCUGAUAGGAGACGGGGCCGGAGUAGGGAAAGGCCGCACAGUGGCCGGCAUCAUCCUGGAGAAUUACCUAAAGGGAAGGAAGAAAGCGCUAUGGUUCAGUGUAUCCAAUGACCUGAAAUACGACGCAGAGAGAGAUCUGAAAGACAUAGAUGCUCCCACCAUUCCUGUGCAUGCCUUAAACAAGAUAAAGUAUGGAGACACAGCUACCUCAGAAGGAGUCCUGUUUGCGACAUACUCUGCACUGAUCGGGGAGAGCCAAGCAGGUGGGCAGCACCGCACCAGACUCAAGCAGAUCCUGGACUGGUGCAAGCCCGGCUUUGAUGGAGUUAUUGUGUUUGACGAAUGCCACAAGGCCAAGAAUGCUACGUCCACCAAGAUGGGCAAGGCCGUGCUGGACCUGCAGCACAACCUGCCGCUGGCCAGGGUGGUUUACGCCAGUGCCACAGGUGCCUCUGAGCCAAAGAACAUGAUCUAUAUGAGCCGCCUGGGGAUCUGGGGCGAGGGCACGCCCUUCAAGACCUUUGACGACUUCCUGCAUGCCAUCGAGAAGAGGGGUGUAGGCGCGAUGGAGAUUGUUGCCAUGGACAUGAAGGUGAGUGGGAUGUACAUCGCCCGGCAGCUGAGCUUCUCAGGGGUGUCCUUCCGCAUUGAGGAGAUCGGUCUGGACGACGACUUCAAACUGGUCUACAACAAAGCUGCCAAACUGUGGGCGGAGGCGCUGGCCGUGUUCAUGCGUGCAGCGGACGCGCUGUGUCUGGUCAGCAGGAAGUCCCUGUGGGGUCAGUUCUGGUCUUCCCACCAGCGCUUCUUCAAAUACCUCUGCAUCGCCGCCAAGGUUCGCUGCCUGGUGGAGCUGGCCAAGAAAGAACUGAAAGCUGGCAAGUGCAUCGUGAUUGGUCUACAGUCCACAGGAGAGGCCCGAACCAGAGAGGUCCUGGAUGAGAACGAUGGGCACCUGGACAGAUUCGUAUCUGCAGCAGAGGGUGUGUUCAAAGCUCUGGUACAGAAACACUUUCCCUCCGAGAAGCAGAGGAGAGAGAAGGCACGUGGAAACAAGAGAAAACGUAAGCCCAGGGGCCGGCAGCCCAAAUUCCCAAAGCACACCAUGGUUCAUCUGGGGGGCGUGAUCAACAUCAGUGACGACAGCAGCACGGACACGGACGGCAUGGACACCGACUCCAACUCCUCGCCAGACUCCCUGAUGGACAAUAACGAUGACGUCAUCUUCGUCCAGCACACCAGCUGUCACACAGCCAGUAUAGAGAAGAUGAAGCAGAGCCUCCUGAACAAGAUUGCUGACCUGGGAAAGGAACUACCUCUGAACACUUUGGACGAGCUCAUUGACCAGUUUGGAGGACCAGAGAUGGUAUCGGAGAUGACGGGUCGUAAGGGUCGCGUGGUGCGGCGUCCUGACGGAAGCGUGCGCUACGAGUCGCGUGCAGAGCAGAGCCAUACCAUAGACCACAUCAACCUCAAGGAGAAGGACCGCUUCAUGUGUGGAGAGAAGAUGGUGGCCAUCAUCUCAGAGGCAGCCAGCUCGGGCAUCUCCUUGCAGGCAGACAAGCGGGUGAAGAACCAGCGUCGGAGGGUCCACAUAACCCUAGAGCUGCCCUGGAGUGCAGACAGAGCCAUCCAGCAGUUUGGUCGUACCCAUCGCUCUAACCAGGUGACGGCUCCAGAGUACAUCUUCCUCAUCUCUGAGCUGGCCGGGGAAAGACGCUUCGCCUCCAUUGUGGCCAAGAGGCUGGAGAGCCUGGGUGCAUUGACCCACGGUGACAGGAGAGCCACAGAGUCCAGAGACCUGAGCAAAUACAACUUUGAAAACAAGUACGGUACCAAGGCUCUGGAUAAGAUCACCAAAGCCAUCCUGGGCCACAUCGAGAGCAAGGUGUCCCCUCCCAAAGGUUACCCCGGGGGUGAUGCUCUGUUCUUCAGAGACAUGAAGCAUGGCAUGAUGGACGUGGGCAUCUUCUGCAAGGAGCCACGGUUUGGUCUGAGCACUGAAAAAGACUGCAGCAUCACCAAGUUCCUCAACAGGAUCCUGGGCCUGGAGGUCCACAAGCAGAACUCUCUGUUCCAGUACUUCACCGACAACUUUGACUACCUGAUCGAGAAGGACAAAAAGGAGGGCAAAUAUGACAUGGGAAUCCUAGAUCUGGCACCAGGUAACGAUGAAAUCUACGAGGAGAAGCAAGAGACCUUCAUGACAGUGGGAAACCCCCAGGACGGACAGGUCGUGCUCUACAAGAUCAGCGUGGACAGAGGUAUGCCCUGGGAGGAGGCCUAUGAGAAGGUCCAGAACCUCAACAGUCCUGACGAGGGCUUCUACCUCUCACACAAGUUGCGGGGGAACCACCCGUGUGUGCUGCUGGCGGAGCAGGGUCGAGGGAGGAACUUCAUCGUCUACAAGCCCAACAUCGGCAAGCAGGCCCACCCAGAGAGCCUGGACAACCUGCAGCUACGCUACAGCAAGGUGACUCCAGACCAAGCCAAGGACAGCUGGGAGAGCCAGUUCAACUUCUCCUUUGGGAAAUGUAGCCAUGCUAACUGGAACGGGAAGUGUAAGAAGAUCGAGGAGGGUCAGGAGUGUCUGCAGGGAAUGCGUCUGCGUCAGUACCACAUGCUGUGUGGUGCGCUACUGCGCGUCUGGAAGUAUGUGGCUGACGUGGUCUCUGACAUCACCUGCUCCAGCAUCCUUCAGAUCGUACGCCUCAAAACCAAAAAUAGUAACAAGCAAGUUGGUAUCAAGAUCCCAGAGAACUGUGUGGCCCGAGUGCGGCAGGAACUUCUCAAAAUGGACGAGGAGGUGAAGAGAAGGCGCAAGGAGAAGGAGCAGCAGCGCGCCCAGGAGCAGCAGCGCGCCCAGGAGCAGCGGCUAGCCGAGGAGCGGCAGCUUCAGAACCAACACCUGCUGGCCAAGCUUUACAGCCAGAGACAGACCCUGAACCACAGCUUCAACAACCAGAACUUGUCGCAGGGCCUCAAGACCCAGCACCUGAGCCUGGCCCAGGCCAAUCCUCUACAGGUCAAGCCUCUACUCCAGCCCAAACCUUCACAGCUCAAACCCCAGCUCGGUCCAGUCAAACAGCUCCCCAGCAUGGCCAGCCCCACCUCCCACUUCUCCAAUUUCCCCCACCACUUCCCCUCCCUGCGCCUCCUGCAGCCCGACCCCUCCUCCUCCUCCAUGCCCCCUCGGACCGGGGAGGAGGUCUUAGACCUGACGGUGAGCCCCUCUCCCUCCCCAGACAGCAAAGAGAGAGGCCUGGUCCUCGACUGCCUGACCAGAGACGGCUUUGGCCUGGACUCUCUGAUAUUGCUGAGCGAGCUCGCCGCCCAGAACACUGCACACAAACUGCAGCAACCUCUACAGCCACUGCCACCACUGACAAAGCCACAGCAGCUACUGUCGCCACAGCAGAUACAACCACAGCUACAGUCGCCACAGCAGAUACAUCCACAGCUACAGUCGCCACAGCAGAUACAUCCACAGCUACAGUCGCCACAGCAGAUACACCCACAGCUACAGUCGCCACAGCAGAUACACCCACAGCUACAGUCGCCACAGCAGAUACAAACACAGCUACAGUCGCCACAGCAGAUACAGCUACAGUCGCCACAGCUACAGUCGCCACAGCAGAUACAGCCACAGCUACAGUUGCCACAGCAGAUACAACCACAGCUACAGUCACCACAGCAGAUACAAACACAGCUACAGUCACCACAGCAGAUACAACCACAGCAACGGUUGGACAGUCCGACUCUAAUCAACAGCGACCACCAAGACUACUAUGACAUCCUCAAACUGCUGGAAGAUCCAGACCAUCUGCCUUACUCUCUGUCUAGCCAGACAACUACUAACCCCUCCACUUCCUCCAACACAGUCUCGUCCGGCCUCCUCUCUUCCCCCUCCUCCUCUCUCUUCUCUCCUUCGGCCCUGGCCCCCUCAGAACAGCAACCGCUCCCUCUAGCCAACGGCCACUGCAGCACGGACACUCUCAUUAAUGUGCGCGAAGUGCUGGACAACAUGCUGCGGACCAGCGCAGACCGGCAGACGGUUAUCCAUUACCGGCUGCCUGAAUGGGACUCUGUGUAACCACAUCAUCAGUGUGGCUGUCUGAAUGGGACUCUGUGUAACCACAUCAUCAGUGUGGCUGUCUGAAUGGGACUCUGUGUAACCACAUCAUCAGUGUGGCUGUCUGAAUGGGACUCUGUGUAACCACAUCAUCAGUGUGGCUGUCUGAAUGGGACUCUGUGUAACCACAUCAUCAGUGUGGCUGUCUGAAUGGGACUCUGUGUAACCACAUCAUCAGUGUGGCUGUCUGAAUGGGACUCUGUGUAACCACAUCAUCAGUGUGGCUGUCUGAAUGGGACUCUGUGUAACCACAUCAUCAGUGUGGCUGUCUGAAUGGGACUCUGUGUAACCACCUUGUCAGUGUGGCUGUCUGUGUCCUCUAGCUGCUGAGUGUGAACGCAAGCCUCAUCCCCUCUCCCCUCAGGACCUAGUCACAUCACUGCCUGUCCUGUGCUCUUCUCCUCCUCAACCCUCCCAGGCACUGGAUCCACAGGCCAGGGUCACUUUCACUAGACCAAAUGUGUGGUCCCGUUCAGAGAUGGUAAACAUACGACCCAGGUGGAACUGGCCCGGUCACUUCGCUGAGAGAGAGCAAAUGGUCUAUACGGCGUUUCUACACCAGGGCUUGACUCAAUGAAGAAACACAAUUCCAACAGGGUUUGAUUAUGUUUCUAUAACUAUCAAAAGCUCAUGUGCUUUAAAAAAAUCCAACCUGGUUGCAAUUGUUUUUUGUUUUUAAUUGAGGAAACCUUAAUUUAGAAAUAUCUUUCUAGAACCACAGCUAGUCGCUACUGGUUAUGUUGGGUUUCACUGGUAACAUCGCUGGAUUCAAACUGCCUUUCAUGCACAUCUGUAUGCUUUUCUGCGUUGUCCUGUAAUUCGCUUCAUCGUCAUUGCAUCGACUUGGUUUUUUAAAACCAAGGGCUCUACUCAAAAACAUAAAACUGGAAAAAUUGACAAUGUUUCAGUUUUGGCUCCUUCUUCUCCCUCACUCUGCUGUUUCUACCAUCACUCUCUCUAGUGUCCCGUGUGAAAAAAGAAGGGAGUCAGCCGUUGUAACAGUGCCUUUGGAAACCUACUUAAAUGCAGUCUUUGAAACCCAUAUAGGCCUAAUGUAUAGAUUUGUACUGGAAGCAUAGGUAUGUUAAUUUAUUCUAUUUGUAUUUAACUUAACCCUCCUCGGCCCUCUGUUGGCUCCAUGCUGGUGGCAGGUGCCAGGGGUCGUCCCCACGAUCCCAGUAUGUGUAUGUCUGUCUGUGUGUGGACCCAAUAGCUGUCCCUUCAGCACGUCUGUUCUGUGUGGAACCCUGCUUUCCCAGGCCAUGUUAUAGACAGAGAGCAGGGGUUAGAUGGGAUGGACACUGCUGAUGUGAUGCAAUUUAAAAUGGUGUCAUAUCCUACUUUUAGUCUACUUACCAUUCAUCCAACGGUGACUCCUGGGUUGCUUUUGAUUUGAAGUUCUCAGGAAUGUCUCGGGGGAUUUGUUGUUUUGUUUAACUUUCAGACCAACACUGAUAUGAGCAUUUGUUUUAGCUUAUAACUUUAGCAUAUAUAUAUAUGCUAAAACAAAUAAUAAAUAUAUAUAAUACAUACGGUGCCUUUGGAAAGUAUACAGAACCCUGGACUUUUUCCACAUUUUGUUACGUUACAGCCUUAUUCAAAAAUGUAUUACAUUUUUUUCCUCAUCAAUCUACACACACUACCCCAUAAUUGGCAAAGCAAAAACAGGUUUAUAGAAAUGUUUGCUAAUUUAUUAAAAAUAAAAACACAUUUACUUAUGUAUUCAGACCCUUUACUCAGUACUUUGUUGAAGCAUUUUUGGCAGGGAUUACAGCCUCCAGUCUUCUUGGGUAUGACGCUACAAGCUUGAUGCACCUGUAUUUGGAGAGUUUUUCCUAUUCUUCUCUGCAGAUCCUCUCAAGCUUUGAGACUUGUCCCAAAUCCACCCCUACGGGUCAUUGUCCUUUUGGAAGGUGAACCUUCGCCCCCAGUUGGAGCGCUCUGGAGCAGGGUUUCAUCAAGGAUCUCUCUGUACUUUGCUCCGUUCAUCUUUCACUCGAUCCUGACCAGUCUCUCAGUCCCUCCCGCUGAAAAACAUCCUCACAGCAUGAUGCUGCCACCACUAUGCUUCACCUUAGGGAUGGUGCCAGGUUUCCUCCAGAAGUGACGCUUGGCAUUCAGGCAUUCAUCCUUGGUUUCAUCAGACCAGAGAAUCUUGUUUCUCAUGGUCUGAGAGUCUUUAGGUGUUGCCGAGAUGGUUGUCCUUCUGGAAGGUUCUCCCAUCUCCACAGAGGAACUCUAGUGCUCUGUCAGAGUGACCAUCAGGUUCUUGGUCACCUCCCUGACCAAGGCCCUUCUCCCCCGAUGUCUCAUGUUGGCCAGCAAUAGGAAGAGUCUUGUCUUCUUGGGGACCUUCAAUGCUGCAGACAUUUUUGGUACCCUUCCCCCAGAUCUGUGCCUCGACACAAUCCUGUCUCGGGAGCUCUACGUAAAAUUCCUUCGAUCUCAUGGCUUGGGUUUUAUUCUGACAUAUGCUGUCAACUGUGGGACCUUAUAUAGACAGGUGUGUGCCUUUCCAAAUCAUGUCCAAUCAAUUUAAUUUAUCACAGGUGAACUCCAAUCAAGUUGUAGAAACAUCUCAAGGAUGAUCAAUGGAAACAGAAUGCACCUGAGCUCAAUUUCGAGUCUCAGCAAAGGGUCUGAAUACUUAUGUAAAUAUUUUUUUAUUUUUUUAUAAUAAUAAUUGUCUAAACCUGUUUUCGCUUUGUCAUUAUGGGUAUUGUGUGUAGAUUGGGAUUUUUUUUCAUUUAAUCCGUUUUAGAAUAAGGUCAUUUAACAAAAUGUGUUAAACGUCAAUGGGUCUGGAAUACUUAACGAAGACACUGUAUAUACAUACAUACAUACACGUAUGUAUGUAUGUAUAUAAAUACAUACAUACAUGACCAAAAGUAUGUGGACACCUGCUCGUCAAACAUCACAAAAUCAUGGGAAUUUCUACACCAGUCAGCAACGGGUGUGGCGAAUCCACUUUUGUGUGUGUGUGUAUAUAUAUAUAUAUAUAUCCCUCUCUAAAUUGUGUAUGUAUAUGUAUGUAUAUGUAUACAUACACUACCGUUCAAAAGUUUGGGGUCACUAAGAAAUAAAUGUCCUUGUUUUCCAUGAAAACAUACAUGAAAUGAGUUGCAAAUGAAUAGGAAAUAUACUCAAGACAUUGACAAGGUUAUAAAUUAUGAAUUUUAAUUGAAAUAAUAAUUGUGUCCUUCAAACUUAGCUUUUGUCAAAGAAUCCUCCAUUUGCAGCAAUUACAGCCUUGCAGACCUUUGGCAUUCUAGUUGUCAAUUUUUUGAGGUGAUCUGAAGAGAUUUCACCCCAUGCUUCCUGAAGCACCUCCCACAAGUUGGAUUGGCUUGAUGGGCACUUCUUACGUACCAUACGGUCAAGCUGCUCCCACAACAGCUCAAUAGGGUUGAGAUCCGGUGACUGUGCUGGUCACUCCAUUAUAGACAGAAUACCAGCUGACUGCUUCUUCCAUAAAUAGUUAUUGCAUAGUUUGGAGCUGUGCUUUGGGUCAUUGUCCAGUUGUAGGAGGAAAUUGGCUCCAAUUAAGCGUUGUACGGGAUCUUCAGUUUCUUGGCAAUUUCUCACAUGAAAUAGCCUUUAUUUCUCAGAACAAGAAUAGACUGACGAUUUCAGGAGAAAGUUUUUUGUUUCUGGCCAUUUUGAACCUGUAAUCGAACCCACAUGCUGAUGGUCCCGAUACUCAACUAGUCUAAAGAAAGCUAGUUUUAUUGCUUAUUUAAUCAGAACAACAGUUUUCAGCUGUGCUAAUAUAAUUGCAAAAGGGUUUUCUAAUGACCAAUUAACCUUUUAAAAUUAUAAACUUGGAUUAGCUAACACAACGUGCCAUUGGAACACAGGAGUGAUGGUUGCUGAAAAUGGGCCUAUGCAGAUAUUCCAUAAAAAAUCUGCCGUUUCCAGCUACAAUAGUAAUUUACAACAUUAACAAUGUCUACACUGUAUUUCUGAUCAAUUUGAUAUUUUAAUGGACAAAAAAAUAUGCUUUUCUUUCAAAAACAAGGACAUUUCUAAGUGACCCAAAAUGUUGAACAGUAGUGUGUGUGUGUAUAUAUAUAUUAUGUUUCAGAACCUGUAAGAUCUGGCUGUGGUUGUGAAAUGAAUGCACGGUAAUUGGUUCAUGAAAAGCCUGGGUAAUUUCAACUAAUCAAAAGCAAUAAACAAUACAUUUUGAAUAGCAGAUGUUUUAGAAGUCUAAGUACUGUUUACGCUCCACAGCCGAAGGUUAUAGAUAUACCUGUGCAUGGUAAGAAUUGGAUUCCUCUUUAUUUCUGUUCUACUUGUAGUCUGUAGUUGAAGACCUCUGAAAUACUUAUGAACUUUGUAUAAACAUUGUGAUGGGAUGAAAGCAAUGUGCUAUUGAUGUUUUUUGUCAUCAUUAUUAUGAUGAUUAUUGUUAUUUAUAUUUUAGGGAUAUUUCAUUUUUAGAUUGUUAUCCUGAUGAUCCUUUAGUCAAAGUUUGGUCAGGGACAUUUCUAGUUUUCAAGAUUACUAUAAAAACAAAAAAUAAGUCUAUUAUAACCUGCCACCAAAUAAUAUUGCACUGUUCUGUACUGCUGUACAGGGGUGAUCAUUUGUUUCUUUUCAGUUCUUUGAUCCGAUUCUGCUUGUGACUCAAGUAGAAUUGUUCCAACUUUUCCAUAUUCUGCCAGGGCUUUAGUUUGCAGAGAGAUACCAAAGUAUUCCACACCCCGGAAGUUACUGGCUAUAUCUGACCUAUUAUAUCAAUCUCAGGAAGAAACCUUAAAGAGAUGUAUUGGUGGGGAGUUAUGAGAAAUGUUAUUGUUUUCCCUUACAACAGUGGUGAACCUAACAAAAAUGCACAUUUAGUGCUAUUUUAUUUCUUCAUUUUGUACUGCGACUCUUGCUGGUUUAAAAAAAAACGUGUUUUUUUAUCUUUGAUUUUAAGUGUUUAUGCCAUCUUAGGGCAAAGAUCAAACGCUGUUUCUUUUAAGGAACUUUAUUGUUUAUAUCUCUGGACAGUUGUUUUGUUGUUUAAUACAUUUUAAUGCUGACAAAGAUUUUGAGCAGAUUUGCACCUGGAUAUACUGAUAUGUGCAAUUACUGGUGCAGAUCGUUCCCCUUUCCCGACUAUCUGACAGCUUCACACUGAUCCCAGACAUCCAAUAGCUCAGGCCCAUUUUCUCCUAAGAGAUUCUACUUUAUCCCAUCUCAUAGCCCUCGCUUUUCUGCUUCAGAUUGUCCCAAACAUAUAUUUCCUCAUCAGGCACAUUCCAAUAAAUCCAAACAUUUUCACAAUCAAACUGUUUGUCCCAUACUUCACCUAUGGCCAAUGGACUGUGUGGUAUAACACUGACAUAGAGGUAAUAUGCAUUAUAAACCUGUGGAAACGGACAAACACGAUUUGAGAAAAUGAAUUACAAUUUUUAAAGGAACUGUUUGACUUUGUCUUAGCUAGCUAGGUCUUUUUAUUUUGUCUAAAUUUGCACUAAGAAUGGCAUAAUCAAGUUACUGUUGUCUGUUUGUUAUGAUUGAGAGUUGCAAGCUUGUUAUGUUCCUGACCUUUUGAUGGAUAGCAUUUUUGUAUACUGUAACCAUCCUCCUUGUUUCUCCACCUUUUGCAUAUAAAAGUAUCACAUUCAAUAAUUUAUUGUCAACAAAAACUAAACAAAAAACAUGCUACUGAUUGUAUGUAUUUUUUUAAAUUAUAUUUUCUUUCUGUAAAAACUGUUCAGCACUUUUAUUCUGGGUUGUGCUUUUGUUUUUCUAUAUAUUUAUAAUUUAGAUCGAAAUGUAUAUAUUGUAAAAACAAAAAAAAUGUGCCUUUCGACUAAUUCUUUAAAAGGUUUUCUACUCAUAAAAGGAAGGAAUAUAUCAAAAUGCAAUCUUAACUUUGUAAACAAACAACAAAUAAAAACUUGAAGAUUGU